GACUCCCGGCAGCUCUGUCCUGUGCUUAACGGGCCAUGAAAGGACAGUUGAAGGUCUGGAAAAGGGGCAUAAACAUGCAUGUGCCCUCCCCUGCUCUGUCCGUUAGAUUCUGGGCCAGGUGAUGAGGGAGAAGGAUAAUUCACUUUGACAGGCGUCUGAGAGUUUGCCUAAGUGGAAGUGUCUUGCAGAUUGUCUUCCCAGCUGCUUCAUUUUUACCUUCGUAUCUAUCGCACAGAUCUGCCACAGUUUAGAGAUCUUUCUGGGCUCCACUGGUGACGACGGGAGGCUACGGGGCUGAGCAGCCGUAAUUAGAAACAGGGUCAGAGAACAAACAUGGUCAUUAUUAAAUUUAGGAGCUGGGUAAAACCUCAGGACAAAACACAAACAUGUUUACUCUGGCAGGUUUGGAUGAGCUCGGACACGCUGGCCAGCGAGGUACCUAAAAAAACAAACAGAGGAUGAUGCUUUUGGACAAUACCAGGCCAGCUUCCUAGAAGUUCCCUGAGUGCAUAUUAAGACUACAGACCGUAUCUACACUGCUCUGCACUGUAACAGCACCUAGCCAUGUCUCAGGGGUUUUAUAUCAGUAAGACUGUCGCGGUAAUCGCUGCUGUUGUGGGCAUUGCUGCCGCAGUAACCAUUUUUGGCUUGUCAGUGGCCUAUUCUAAACAGAAGCCCCCUGCUGGAGGGGAAGGAGGGGGAGAGGGAACACUGGUGGCUCCCACUCCACCCCCAGAGCCGAAAGAGCCCUGGGAGAGGUACCGUCUACCGGACACUCUGUCUCCCGUCCACUACAACAUCACCCUGUGGCCUCGUCUGGAGAAGGAUGAACACGGCAUGUACAUCUUCACGGGCCACUCUACUGUGGACUUUGUGUGUGUGAAGACGACUGACCUGAUCCUCAUUCACUCCCACCAGCUCAACCUCACCAAGUUUAGCGGACAUCAUGCAACACUGACUGGACUGGAUGGUGCAGCUGCACCAACUAUUAAGACAACAUGGCUUCAACAGAAGACACAGUAUCUGGUUAUUCAGCUCAACGGCAAAUUAGUCCCAGGAAAGUCCUACCAACUCUACACCAAAUUUCAGGGAGAGCUGGCUGACGACCUAGAAGGCUUCUACCGAAGUGAAUACACUGAGAAUGGCAUCAGAAGGAUUGUCGCCACUACUCAGAUGCAGGCCACAUACGCCAGGAAAGCGUUCCCGUGUUUCGACGAACCUGCCAUGAAGGCCAUCUUUCACAUAACCCUGAUGCACCCACCUGGGACCAAAGCUCUGGCCAACAGCCGGGAUGCUGAAAUCAACACUGUAUCCCUGGAAGGAAAAGAUGUGCUCAUCACCACGUUUGAGCCAACCGAACGCAUGUCAACGUACAUCUUGGCCUUCAUCGUGUCUGACUUCGGCAGUAUCAAGAAGGACGAAACGGGCUCUACAACAAUGGUUCGUAUAUGGGCCAGGAAAAAAGCGCUGGAAUUAGGACAAGGGGACUACGCCCUGAACGUAACCCUACGCAUGCUGGAGUUCUUUGAGCAGUACUACAACACCAGUUAUCCACUCACAAAAUCAGACCAGGUGGCCCUCCCCGACUUCAACGCUGGGGCCAUGGAGAACUGGGGACUCAUCACUUACCGAGAGACAAGCCUCCUGUACGACCCCCACACGUCCUCCGAAGGGAAUAAGGAGAGAGUUUUAACCGUCAUCGCUCACGAACUGGCCCACAUGUGGUUUGGCAACCUGGUGACUCUGAGAUGGUGGAACGAUCUGUGGCUAAAUGAAGGCUUCGCCUCAUACGUGGAGUACCUCGGAGCCAACCACGCCGAACCAUCUUGGCAUAUCAAAGACAUGAUUGUGCAGGGGGAUGUCCAGAGAGCAUUCGCAGUGGACUCUUUUGUCUCCUCGCACCCGCUCACCCGUGGUGAGGAGGAGGUUAACAAGCCUGAGGAAAUUAGCCAGAUGUUUGACACCAUCUCUUAUAGCAAGGGUGCAGCUGUGCUGAGAAUGCUGUCGGAGUUUCUCUCUGAGCCUGUGUUCGUUAGAGGACUCAGUUCCUAUCUACAUCAGUUUGCUUUUAACAAUACUGUAUAUUCUGACCUUUGGGAUCAUUUGGAGAAGGCUGCAUUGAGCACAGGGUUAAAUCUGCCCUAUACAGUCCAUGAGAUUAUGAACCGCUGGAUCCUUCAGAUGGGCUUCCCUCUGGUUACCAUAGAUACAGCAACAGGAAGCAUCAGCCAACAGCACUUCCUGUUGGACCCUGAUGCUGUGGUGGAUAGGCCGUCCAUUUACAAUUAUGAAUGGAUUGUGCCAAUGAAGUGGAUGAAGAACCGCGUCGAACAGGAUCAACACUGGCUGACUGAGAAGAGAGCCAUGUUUGAGCCAAUGAGAGCAGAAGAAGGGGAGUGGAUCCUGGCCAACCUCAACGUCUCCGGCUACUACAGGGUUAACUACGACCUGCAGAACUGGGAGCGCCUCUUUGCUCAGUUGAGCUCCGAUCACCAGGUAAUCCCCAUCAUCAACAGAGCUCAGAUAAUAGAUGAUGCCUUCAGUUUGGCAAAGGGUAGGAUCCUGAGCACCACAGUGGCUCUGCGGACGACCAAGUACCUCAUGCGGGAGCAAGAAUACAUCCCCUGGCAGGCGGCAUUCAGCAGCCUGUACUACUUCUUUCAAAUGUUUGAUCGCACUGAGGUCUACGGAUCCAUGCUGGCCUAUCUGAAGAAGCUCGUCAGACCCCUCUAUGUCAAAUUCACCACGUCUGACCGGCCCCUGAGCCACACUAUGGUAUACACGAGGGGCCUUGCUGUCUCCCUGGCCUGCACCACUGGAGUCGCAGGGAGCAAUGAGCUGGUUCUAGGUAUGUUCCACCAGUGGAUGAAGGAACCGAACAACAACAGGAUCGACCCCAACCUGAAGUCCACCGUGUACUGCAAAGCCAUCGCUGCCGGGGGAGAGGAGGAGUGGGACUUUGGCUGGGAGAUGCUCAGGAACGCCACCGUGGCCUCCGAGGCGGCCAGACUCCGCUCUGCUCUGGCCUGCACCAAAGUGCCCUGGCUCCUCAACAGGUACCUAGAGUACACAUUGGAUCCCACUAAGAUCCGCAAGCAGGAUGCCACGUCUACCAUUGGCUACAUUGCCAACAAUGUCGUGGGCCAGUCUUUUGCUUGGGACUUCUUCAGAUCAAAAUGGGACUAUAUCUUUAAGGAGUUCGGGGGUGGAUCUUUUUCCUUCUCACAUCUCAUCACUGCUGUAUCCAGAAGGUUCUCUACGGAGUUUGAGCUUCAGCAGUUGCUGGAUUUCAAAAGGGAUCACCCUGACCUUGGCUCUGGGAAAGCAGCUUUAAGCCAAGCCAUAGAGAAGACCACAGCCAACAUCAAAUGGAUGGCGGAGAACAAGAAACUAGUGAUGGACUGGUUUGACACUGAGUCUGCAUGAUAGGACAGCAGAACUGUGUGCUGUGCUCCCGCCGUAUCUCAACCGGAACUGAACCGGAUCUCAGCCAGCUCUGAGCCAGCUCUGGCUUCACUCAGCUCCCGAGCCUGUGGCUAGCUACACGUUUCUAAAUGGUGUUUGUUUUCUCCUGUCAGUAUGGGAGAAGUGACAUUGUGCAAGGCCUUGUGACCUAAUAUGCACUUGUAUGUGUGUAAAGAGGCAAGCACUUCCUCUAUUUGACAAAGCAGGCUCAGGCUCGUUCUACCUUGUACUUUCCUCUCGUGGGCUGCUUCCAAGCAUCCUCCGCUGUUUUUGAACGUUCGCUAACACCAAGUAACGUUUAAAUCAAAGAGUCUUAAUGGCAUCAGAGGAAUAAGACAAAUGCUUGAGCCAACAUCCCCCAUUCAAAAAGCUUCUCUUCUUUGUAUGACUAUGCUGUUUUAACAUUAUUUUAUAAAAAAAAAAAAAUUAAAAAAAACUGUCCCAAGGAAA